CUAUUUCGAAAGGUAACAGCGAAAUCGACAGUUAACAGCAACAUCUACAAUUGAAAACAACAAAUUUUAAUAAUCUCAUAAUACAAUCUUAUGUAAUAUGAUUUAAGCAAAUAAAAUUAUAUUGCGCUCGAUCACUUUGUUCAGAAUAACAAUAUCAGAGUCUCGUGAGAUAACCCCUAGGGAAAAAAUACACGUAUGAGAGCGUGCACAAGUCACGUCGUGUCAAAUUUCGAUCAAAGCUUCGUUGAAUCUUCUGAUUAUUGACUUUCUCUUAAAUAUGUAAAUUAAUUGGAAGGACACGUCGAAUUGCGAACUGAUGAAAUUGGUCGCAGUUUACUAGCUUACAAGCUAGCAAGGAACAGUCGAGAAAUAUUUAUCGAGCAAGAGAACGUGGGGAACGCCCACGUCAUAAGAUUUCGCUGGUGGAAGUGCAAAGACGUCUCCUAUUUUCAGGACGGUCUCAUUUCGAUAAAUUUGUUUAUUGUGAUAACCUGAUAACGCCCUACCAUCUCCCCCGCGCGAGAAAUCUCCGCUUGUGGUCCCAGACUGAUGAAAGUCUGAAGAUGACUCUAAGACUCUCGGUAUUGCAUCUUGCUAAACGAUAAACUCAAUCGUGUUGAAUCGGUUUGUUUAAUAAAAAACAUAAUUUAAUUUUGUAUUUAAGAUAACGUUAAACCAUUCACGUUAACGUCAAACCACGUUACGAUAUCUGAAUGAAUCUGGCUUUCAAUUAACAUUCAGCUGUGUAAUAAUGACGUGACAUUUAUACGUAACGUAAUAUCUACGAAAUCGAGAUACAACUUAUUUUAUUUUUAUUAUUGCCUUAUUAUUUUUCUUAUUUUUAUCUCUUUGUGCCACGACGACGCUCUUAUCUCGCGGGGCACACUAUUUUUUUUCAUUUUCCAUCCGGGAGAUCUAUAAUAUGUGCCUGCGCACGAUUCGGAUUUCAAGUUGCUAUCGGAGAGAUCGGACGUCUUUGAAACGUCUUCUUUUUUCUUUCCAGAUAUCACGUAGCCAUUUGCGUUAUGAACUUUUGUCCCAUCGAUCCGAGUUGGCCGGAUCGAUACGCGAAGCUACGCAAAUGAAGAUAACUGUCUCGGAUGUGUUCUAUCAUCCAAAGAGGUGAUAAGACAUCGCGGUAGUCGGGCGACGUCAGACCGAGAAUCUCGAAGGCCGUCGAUAUGCCGCUCUUAUUAUGUCGUAUGCCGGAUAAAAAGAUGCCUCUCUCCCUCUCUCUAUCCAUCUUUGUUUUGAUGCUUCCCUCGCUUUUCCUCGUCCAAGCUUAUAAAAGGAGGCGCGCCGCCACGCCGGGGGAUCAGUAUCACUCUGGCUCCAUUAUUUCGAAGCUGAAGCGGAAUACGCACCACGACGACGACGACGACGACGACGUCGAAGCGGAAGUCGAUUUCACUUGACGACAGAGACAACCUGCCUUGGUUGAUGAAUCUUACGAAUAUCAUUGUUGCUAGCGGCUGCAUGAGGCUUGAAGCGAUCCGUAGAAACGAGAUUCGAAGAGCGAGGCGCGAUAGAACGGGAAGAAGUACUGCGAGCGUGGCGGAACAUAGGCGAUUCACCAAAAGGCAGAUAGCGGAGUUGCUCUUCGAAAAUUGCAUCGACUGUGAAAAAAUGGCGGCUAUUCCGCAGGGUGCUUUCGCGGCGUGUAAAGUUCGCAGCAACGAGAAACGUGCUAUUUCGAUGAGAGAGGAAACAGAUAAAACUGGCAAGGAGAGUGCGUUCAAUUCAAGGCCUCUUCUAGAAGGCUGGGAGCUGACGCCGUUAAAGUACAACAGCAAACUAAUGAACAGCAUCUGGGGCCAGUACAACCGCUAUUCGGUGCACAAUUUUAAGAAGAACACCGACGCCGAGGAGGGGGCACGCGGCGGGGUGGCUGCGGCGUUUUGGGGUGCGAUUCUGGAAAACCACCCCCCGGCCGCCAACGCCGCCGCCACUGCCCCGCAAAGGAUCAUUCGGACCGGAAACGGUCUUUAAAACACAAAGCGGCCACAUGAUUGUGCGAAGUGCACUGAAGAAAUCAUGAUAAUUGAUAACAAGCGUGUUUUAAGGCAAUUACAAUUACGCAUACGGAGAUAAUAAAUAUACACGAUAUCAUGCGUAUUUGGGAAAAGUUACGUAUAUACGAAAUGCAUACGAAUAUCUAGAUUGAAUGAUCGAACGGAGCCUGUAAGCAGCUGUUUCCACGUUUGCUCGUCUAUCGCGAGUUUUCGAACGUGCUAUUAUUACAUAUCGCAACAGUAUUUAAUAUGUUCCAUCUCGGCUGAAAAAUAUACUUAAGAUUGUAGAUUGUAGAUAUUGAUCUUUGAAGAAAUGGGAUUUGGAAUAUCGAUAAAUGCAUAAAUUCCGAAAUCCAUCUUUCUACAGGCGAAUGUUUGUUAUAAAAUAUACCAUUCUUUUACAAAAACAAAUAACAAAGGUAUUGCAUUUUCGAUCGAGGUACGAUUUGUGCAAGCUGAUAUGCGCGAUAUAUAAUGAUUAACAAUGUGAUCGCAUGCGUAUUAUUGUAAUAUAAGAAAAAAUAAAUAAGAAAUAAUAAAUAACCUACAGAUUUCAUAUUUUACAUAUUAAUGUAACGUGUUGUACCGUGGGAUUAAAAUUGAAUGUACA